AUGAGGUGGUUCCUGCUGUUGUGGCUGCUCCUUGGAUCGGCCGCUUUGGCGGCCAGGCAGGAUACGAAGCGGAAGAAAACCACCGUCAAAACCACUACGACCACAACCACAACCACUGCAAGACCUGAUCACUUGUCGAAGGUUUCUGGAUCAACCAACAAGUUGCCCUCACCAGGUGGUUACAAACCAGACGGUGAUACAGUGACUCGGGAGGGAUGCAUGCCCCCGGAGGUAGUGGUCAAUGGCACAAAUGUCCCAGGAAAUGGAGGCGAGGACUUCGCGAGUGUGCAGGAAGUCCAAUUCCUGGGGGUCAUUGGUCCUCUAGAACAGAAGCGAGUAUGCAAAAUAAAGUGCCUCAACGGAGUAUGGGUCGGUCCGCUCUGCACCAUCGAUCAAGACAGCAAGAAGUUCCAACCGAUGCUUCGUCAGUGCUUCCUGAGUCCCCCGUCACCAGAUGUCGUCAUGUCUUUCGAAGGAAAGGAGUUAAACCUGGAGAAUGAAGUGGCCCUACCUCACGGGAGUGUCAUCGAGCUCAGAUGUGCUGAAGUUGGCCUCUUCAAAUUCGUCGGUCAACCUACUAUACGGUGUGGAAAUGGACAAUGGAACGCCCCUCCGCCGCUCUGUCAACCCACAAGCAUUCAAAAGAAUUUUUCAUUGGAUGCAGCACCUACGAUCACUUAUAAUGUUGUAUCAGGUGAUGCUGGAAUCACUUCCUCCGGACAAGUAGUCAUUUUGCCUAAUUCCAUCAUCCACUUCGAUUGUUUGUGGCAAAGACAAGAUGGAAACCCAACAUGGACUUGGACAGCCACUCACAGACAGUAUCCGAGUGCAUGGGCAAUCUCUGCCGAGGAAAGGGGAUGGAAGUACAGGCUGUCCAUCUAUUAUGCCAAAGACACCGAUGACGGUAUUUUUACUUGCACUACGCCAAAGGGACACUCCAAUGAAGUUCAUGUCAGAGUCAGAAACAUUCAAUGCCCUGCCAUCGAUUCUCUUGACCGUAAUCGCGUGAUGGCAGUGGAAGGCAACAAGAUGCACAGUCAGGCGAGGUUUGCCUGCAUGGAAGGCUUCAAUCUGAUUGGACCAGAAGAGAUCACGUGCACGGCUUCGGGAUCAUGGUCAGAAACGCCACCUUAUUGCGAGGUGAUCCAAUGUCCGCCGUUGAACUCGGAAGAUACGCACCUCAGAGUGGAAUCUCACAAUAGAACUUACGGGUCUCGUGUGAUGUUCUCAUGUCCGACAGGAUACAGACUCGUUGGAUCCCCAGUUAUCAUUUGUCUGAAAAAUCAAACAUGGUCAGAUUCACCACCCUACUGUGAAGCCAUCGAGUGUGAGCCGCCCUUGGCACCCAACAAUGGAAGAGUGCUGGACAAUGGCAGGUACUUGACAGGCGAUUUCCUGCAGUUCACCUGCAACGCCGGAUUCGUCCUCGUCGGGGAGUCUAUCACAGUCUGCAAUGACCAGGGAGAGUGGACAUUCCCCCCACCUAUCUGUAAGCCUGCCUGCGAAUUCCCGGGUGAGCCCGCCCACGGUCAUGUGGUACCGACUAAAUUCCACUACGACAUCGGAGAGAUGGUGACAGUGGAAUGCCUGCACGGGUUUAGAGUUCUGGGAGCCCCCCGGCUGCGAUGCACUUCUACUGGACACUGGUCAAGCCCACUGGCUCACUGCCGGCCCAUCAUCUAUCAAUCAUGACCAUCCUCGCAAGAGAAUCACCAUCGCACUGCACUAUCAUCGCCAGUUAUCAACAGUCAUUUCGAGCUCAGCUCAUGAAUGAGGACUUCUUAAUAUGUGAUGAUCUUCUUUUUAUUAUAAACAAUCAUGAUUUUAACCCUACGUUGCGCAGCGAUGUAUACUAGGAUCAUCUCUAUUUUAGAUUAAAGUCGAAUAAUUUAGUAACCCUUUGCUCGCGGAAAAGUAAUUCUGUACAUGAUUAUUCAUCUAAUACAAAGACUUGUUUAUUUCUUAAAAAUUAAUUUAUAUAUAAUAUCUCUUAAUCUAAUUUCAAUCCUUAUUAAUUUCUUAAUUUUUAUCUUAAUUUAGCCUAUGUUAUCUUCAUUCUAAAAUUGUCUAAUUUCUUGAUCCAAUUCCAACUUUUCAUUUAAUUAAUUAUACACGUGCUCUAUAAAACUGCAUGCCUCAGCAUUUCUAACUCUCUGAGUGAAGAGAUAAAAUUCCUUAAUGUUUACAACAUUCUUUCAAAGAUACCUACGAUUCCCUCUCCUAAAUUGACACGUGUCAAAGAAAUUUCCAUCAAACUCUCAUUGUAAAACCAAUUGAGGGAAAAUUUUUGGUCUCUUCUACUCUUGUGUCGCGAUAUAGACUGACGUAUUGACGCCUCUCUUAUUCUUUGUAUGAAAAUUAUGCGUCUCAUGAUGAAAUAAAUCGAAGAUCUAAAUUUUCAAAAGGUUCUUUUAUUCAAAUGCGCAACUGCUAAUAUAUAUAAUUGCUUUAAGUUGAAUUUCCCUCAAAAAUUAAUCUACAUCUUCUUACAUUUAGACACUUUCUUACACUUAGACACUUUUAGCAAUCAAAAUUAAAAAAUAAUAAAUAAAACAAGAAAAUGACGCACUAUUCAAGAUUGUGCAUGAAAGAAAACAUCUAAUUGCAAAGGAUUAAUAAAUUAAUUUAAAAAAUGCAUAUUAAUUAAAAGAAGACAGAUUUUAAAUAAAGAAAUACAAUCGUUAACAAAAUUGUUAGCUAUUUUAGUGGUUUGGAUUUUGAAUUUUAAUUGA